GGUGUUUGCAAACCAAUCGCCUGAACGUCCCCAUCUUACCUAAGAGAGAACCCCUCCUACGUCUGCGAAGUGCUCCGAACUGAUAUAUGACAAUAUCUACUUUGGAUCACGUGCUCGGGGAGAGAGACUAAGACGGAUAACGCGUCAUCUCGCCUUCCCAAAUUUUCCCCCCUCGCAAGACCGGGUCCAAAACGUCCAUCUGGAGCCGGCAGGAGAAGAGAACGAUGUUUAACUCGGUCAACCUGGGCAACUUCUGCUCGCCGUCGCGCAAGGACAGGGGCGCUGAUUUCGGGGAGCGAGGGAGCUGCGCCUCCAACCUCUACCUGCCCAGUUGCACUUACUACAUGCCCGAGUUCUCCACGGUCUCCUCCUUCCUGCCCCAGGCCCCUUCUCGCCAGAUCUCCUACCCCUACUCCGCCCAAGUGCCCCCGGUCCGCGAGGUCUCCUACGGCCUGGAGCCCUCCGGCAAGUGGCACCACCGCAACAGCUACUCCUCCUGCUAUGCGGCGGCCGACGAGCUCAUGCACCGGGAGUGCCUGCCUCCUUCCACCGUCACCGAGAUCCUCAUGAAAAACGAAGGCUCCUACGGCGGCCACCACCACCCCAGCGCCCCGCACGCAGCCCCCGCGGGCUUCUACUCCUCCGUCAACAAGAACAGCGUCCUGCCUCAAGCCUUCGACCGCUUCUUCGACAACGCCUACUGCGGCGACGCCCCCCGCACCCGCAAGAAGCGCUGCCCUUAUUCGAAAUUCCAGAUCCGGGAGCUGGAGCGCGAGUUCUUCUUCAACGUGUAUAUCAACAAGGAGAAGCGGCUGCAGCUGUCCCGCAUGCUGAACCUGACCGACCGGCAAGUGAAGAUCUGGUUUCAGAACCGGAGGAUGAAGGAAAAAAAACUCAGCAGAGACCGGCUGCAGUAUUUCUCGGGCAACCCUCUGCUGUAACCGCAGGCCGGGCCCUUUCUGGGGAGAGGGACAGGGGGAAAUUAUCUUAUUUUAUUUUUAUUUUUGAUUUUCUAACUCGCCUUCUUUCCGCGGGUGGAAAACUGGACUGUGGCCAGGGCUGGCCCCGCC